UUCAAAUACCCAUACAUGUUAUGACGUUUGGGUAGGGAAUUCAAAAUGGCGAGCCUUUUUCGCCUCUAUGGAAUUGUAGUCCUAUUCUGCCUUAGUUUUUGGAAUUUUGAAAGUGUUUUGUGUGCUACAAGUACGAAUUUCAAAGAAUUUCUGGACAAUGAACCAUUCAGAAGUUACAAUAACAAAAUUUUCCCGAAGAUCUUUCAAAUAGAGCACUUGGACGUUGACAUUGAGUUUACUUUGGUUGGAGUAACCGAUUUUGAUGAGUUGAAUGGAAACUUAGAAAUAGUCGGUCUCGGUGUAAUCCGAUGGAAAAAUGAACUCCUUACGUGGAAUCUUGUAGAUGACAACCCCAUGGAGAGCAUUCUGCUUCCACAGGAAACCUUUUGGAAACCUCCGGUUACUCUCACAAAUUCUGUUGAUUCACUGGCGGAACUCGGGGACUCCACAUACAAGAUUCGGACCGACUACGAAGGCAAUGUCCUAUGGAACGUCGGCUUAGUCGCCCGAACGGCUUGUGGCGUUGACGUCACACUCUAUCCUUUCGACAGACAGUCAUGCAACAUCACAUUUGCUGCACUGGGCUACACGGAAGAUCAGAUCGUCUUGAAUUCGUCAAACGAGAUCGACAUGUCCCUUUACAUGGAGAAUGUGGAGUGGUCGUUGGAGACAACCUCGGUGAUGAGUACCGUUAUAGCCGAUGUCUCGUAUGUUGUCUUUACCUUAAAUCUGGCCCGUAAACCGGGCUAUUUUCUCGUCAAUAUGAUUAUACCAAUCCUCAUCAUUGGACUUCUCAAUGGUCUAGUGUUUCUACUUCCGGCUGACUGUGGUGAACGCGUGGGUUACGCCAUCACGGCGUUCUUAACAUUUGCAGUGUUUUUGACGAUGGUGGCCGAAAACUUGCCCAAAGCCUCUGAACCAAUGUCACUGUUGUGUUACUUCUUGACCCUUAUGCUAAUGGUUAGUUCCCUUAUCACUAUAGCAACUAUUCUGAUAUUGAGGGUCUACCAUCAAGACGAGGAAGCCACGCCCCCAGAGGGCGUACGCCAUCUUGUCGCCUUCAUGACAUGCCGGAAAUGCAAAAAAUGGUGCAGCAAAAGGAAGACAAGUAAGAACGCGGUGACAGACAUGAUCGACAACGACGAUGAUGACGACAACAGCGACGCCGAAGUGGACAGUAUCCAGGCACCAGUGGAUGACCGAGACAUCAGAGGGAUAACGUGGAGGAUGGUGGGCGGAGCUUUGGACGGUUUCAGUUUCAUAUUCUUUUUCUUCCUCUCGUUGGGUAUUACUGUUUUCUUCAUGUAUCCACUUGUUGUAGCUGGCCUGGAAUGAUAGGUUCGCGCGCAAAACAAAAAAUGGCGUAUCACGUGCUACAGACAAAUACAGGUCACGUGAUACAAACACUAACAUAUUAUGUGCGACACUUAAAAUUUGUCAUUUGUGAGAAGUGAUGCUGUUUCACAUACCGAGACUAUUCGUUGUUAAAAUAUUACGAUAUUUUUCAUAAUCAAACUUCAAUAAGGCAGGGACUUGCUAUUAAAUUAUCUGACGAUUUGCCUGUGCCAGGAAGUUUGUUGUUUGAAGUCGACUUGUCGGUUAUUAUACAGAAAUUACGUCGGGUUGGUAGACAAGACACGAGGUCUGAUAUUGACAGACAAUUUACUCUAGAACAACGAGUCUGGGUUAUCGUACCAAGAAACAAAAAUACUACUGAGACUGUCAUAUGGGAUACAUUGUAUAACUGGAACUCUCCUGUGUGGCAAUGGUAUUCCAAACUAACUUGUUAAUGAAGCAUGAUUUACUAUAGAGAUAUCGCCUUUACAUGUAUUUACAUGUAUUUUCUGGUGUUUCAAUAAAGUGCUG